CGCGAGCGCGGACACGGCAUUCCCAAGUUUUCACAAGUGUUUACCAAAACCAACCGGGAAAUUUGUUUUGGGGGGAUUUCUCUUACACCUUGAUCAGGAUUCAAUCCCAGACAGAGCUGAAGAGGAAAACGGAGACGGGGUCUCAGCAUGGCAAGUGGAUCCAGUUUUAUUUUGCCCCCUGUGCUACUUUGGAUCUGUAUUCUGCUGGCAGAAUCUACCUCAAAAUGCACCAUUAAAGAAAACAAAGCCUUCUGUGUCCUCAGAAACCUGCACGAGGUUCCAGCUUUGCCUCCCAAUAUAACUGAUUUGGAUCUGAGUUUAAAUUACAUCGGUGAAAUCCAUGAGAAAUCAUUCGAUGGUUUGGAAGCGCUACAAAUCCUUAACAUUCAACAACAGGAAGUCAAACUUAUCUUAAGGAAGUAUGCCUUUAGUGGACUGUCCAAUCUGACAGAACUAAAUCUGGGGUACAACAGGGACCUACAAGUGGAUCCGGGAGCAUUUAAUGGGUUAUUCAACCUUCAGAUUCUCAUUCUUUCAGAGUGCAAAUUACAAGACUCUAUUCUUUCAGGAGACUAUCUGAGACCUCUGGUGUCUCUGGAGGAGAUUUUACUCUCUGGAAAUAAUAUACGUCGAAUCCGUCCCGCUUCUUUCUUUGCCAACAUGAGCAAAUUACACACUGUGGACAUUUCUAAUAACUGGAUCAACAGUUUUUGUGAAGAAGAUCUGUUCCAUUUCCAAGGAAAACAAUUCACUCUGUUCAUAUUGCGUGAUAUCAAAAUGUCUGAUAUGAAUCCAUAUUGGGACUCGUGGAGCAAAUGUGGAAACCCGUUCAAGAACAUGUCUAUUAAGGUGCUUGAUUUGUCUCUAAACAGCUUCAGUGUUGACAUAACAGUGCUGUUCUUUAAAGCAAUUAGAGGAACCAGAAUUCACUAUCUGAUCCUGAAUUACAGUAAGAACAAUACAAAAGACCCAGACAGGAAUACGUUUAAGGAUCUGGCUGAGAGCGGCAUUAAGACUCUGGAUCUGUCCAAUGGCAGCAUUUUUGCUCUUAAAAAUUCAGUAUUCAGUUACAUGCCAGAUUUAAUAGAAAUCUCAUUAGCUGAUAAUGUAAUCAACCAGAUUGAAAGAGAUGCUUUUAAUGGACUGGACAAUUUAAGAUUUCUCAAUCUGUCCAAUAACCUUUUGGAUAAAAUUCAUUCAGAAACUUUUAAUCAUUUACGAAGUCUCGAGACACUGGAUUUAUCUAAUAAUAACAUAAAGAUACUAAUGUCUGAGUCAUUUCAAGGACUGAACAAUCUAGUUAACCUGUUUCUCUCUGAAAACUCUUUAGAAUCUCUUUACACAAUAGGAAACCUGCCAUCACUUCAAAUACUGUACUUAGACAAUAACAAAAUUACAUCUACAUUUGAUUUUCAAAGCCAAACAAGAAACAUCACAACCAUUGAUCUGAGGUACAACAAAUUAGAUAAUGCUGAGAACAUUUACAAAAUAUUAGUAGAAUUCCCCAAUAUUGAAAUAAUAUUUCUUGGUGGCAACAUGUUUUCAUGGUGUACACCUAAUCAGAAAUAUUCAGUGUCACCUUUAAACAAUGUACAAUUCCUUGACCUCCAUAUAACCGGCUUGCAUAAAUUCUGGUUACAAGGACAGUGUCUGGACAUGUUUGACCACCUUCACCAGUUGCAGAUGCUUUACCUUCAUAUUAAUUACAUGCGGUCUCUUCCGGAGAACAUUUUCAAGGGCCUCACCUCUUUACAUUUUUUAGAUUUAUCCGUUAACGCUCUCACCUACAUACCUAACGGCAUAUUUCCCAACAGUCUGAGGACACUCAACCUUGCUUCAAAUCAUCUUGGUUCUGUUGAUCCACAAGCCUUCAGCACCCUGACCACUAUCAGCUUGCAUGGGAAUCAGUUUCUGUGCGAUUGCGGCCUGGCAGAUUUACAGACAUGGUUAAAUCAUACAGAUGUGCAAAUAGAUUCCACUCUCGAGGAACUCACGUGCGAGUUCCCAGAAGAUCGACGAGGGAAACCUCUCCUGCAUGUUCAACUUUGCGAGGACGAAGAGGACGAGAAGAUCAUCGAGGAACUGAGGCUCGCACUUUUUAUCUGCUGGACCGUACUUAUUAUUCUAAUCUCCACAGGGGCUGUUAUUUUUGUCUGGCUGCGUGGCUACUGCUUCAAGAUUUACAAGAAGUUCACUGUCAAAUUCAAAAAGGGAGGCCAAAAUCUUCCAGCUGACGACGGCUUCAUGUACGAUGUCUACUUAUGCUUCAGUUCUAAAGACAUCAAAUGGGUGAUAAAGGCCUUGUUGGAAAAGCUAGACACCCAGUUCUCAGAUCAAAACGAAUUACGUUGUUGCUUCGAAGCGCGGGACUUUAUACCUGGAGAUGAUAAGUUCUCCAACAUGCGCAACGCAAUCUGGAAGAGUAAGAAAACAUUGUGCGUCCUGUCCAGAGAAUUCCUUAAAGAUGGCUGGUGUUUGGAGGCCUUCAGUUUGGCGCAGACAAAGAUGCUAGAAGAGGUCCAGGAUGUUUUACUGGUGCUUCUUGUGGACGACAUCCCACGUUACAGACUGAUGAAAUACGAAAUGGUCAGAACCUACUUCCAGACCAGGAGGUAUCUCUGUUGGCCAGAAGAUAGUCAGGACUUGGAGCGGUUUUACAACCAUCUUAAACAAAGUAUAUUAAAAGUCGGCAAAGUGAAAGAAGCGAAAACAGACGCUGAAACAUACCACAACAAGACAAACUGUAUAGCAGUAACUGCUUUUUAACUCCUGGGUAUAGAUAUGGAGGAACACAGCAUUGUGAAUGUAUGUAGUUACUAGAUUAAAUAAUGUGACGCUAUGGGGAGGCGGUAGCUCAUGGUCAAGACCUUGGACUUUGAAAUAGAAGAUCAGGAGGUCAAAUCCCAUCACCACCAAGCUACCACUGGUGGGCAUUUUGAGCAAGACACUUUAUAAUCAGCUGCUGAGUUGCAGGUCCAAGGGCAUCUGCUAAAUGCUGUAAAUGUAAAUAUGGUGCAUUGAUUAGGUAUAGAAUGCAUGUCAAGAGUCUUGAAUUGUUACAGAGAGCCUGAAAAGUGUAAACUGUCCAGUAGAAUCAGAAAGGGUUUUAUUCCUCGGAAACACAAGGAAUUUCUCUUGGUGACAGAAACUUCUAGGUACAGUAAAUAAAUGAAGGAAAAAAAACGAUUUAUACAAAAGGGACAAAGAAAAUGUACAGAUCUUAUAUACAUGUAUGUGCAAGUGGUAAAAAGUGAAUAGAAAAUGUAUUGCAAUGUAAUAAAUAAUACCUAGAAACAGAA